AUGAGAAGGACUGUCAUAAGUGGUGUUUUUAUCUUCCUCUGCCUCUUAGGUGAUGUUGGAGGUUUGAUCUGUAGAGCAUGCAACCUCUCAUUGCCCUUCCAUGGAUGUCUCUUAGACUUGGGAACCUGUAGAACAAAACCUGGCCAACACUGUAUAAAAGAGUUUCACCAUAAAGGUGGGAUUCACUGGUAUUCAACUGCAGGCUGCACGGAGAGGCAAGACGAGUGCUUCAAGAGAACUGUGAGAGCUCAGCACACUUCCUUCACUCACUGCUGCCGCCUCCCCUUGUGCAAUAUCUGA